AUGAGCACGACAGCCGCGACCAGGCGGCUGAGAUCGCCUCCACCGUCGAUCGAGCAGGAGGAGUAUGAGCUCCCGGCAGACUACAAGCCCUACGUCCCAGUGGCGAAGCGUCGAGCUCAGCUCCUCAAGACCCUCGGCACCCGAGGAGCCAAACGCAUUAGGACAUCAGAGGAUGAGCCAUCACCCGAGCCGACCGCUGCGUCUAUGCUCGAUGCGGAUGAGCAGGCUCGCGAGCUCGCCAGGCGGGAACGGACCCUCCUCCAGGCGGCCCUAGACAUGAGGGAACGGAAACAGGUCGAAGAGGAGGGCAAGUCCAAGGCGGAGCUGGCCGCUGUCGAGGAUGCCAAGAUGUUAGUCGAGAUGGAGAGGGGACAGAAGAAGCUGGCCGGCGCGAAGGAUAUCGCAGAGGGGACAGUAUGGACGGAAAGCCUGAAGACGAGCUGGAGGGCGCCAGCGUUCAUACGGGCCGAGACGGAGGAGGAGAGGGAGAGGCUGAGGGAGAAGAAUCACAUCAUUGCGGAGGGAGUGGAUAUACCGCCUGCAAUAACAAACUUCAACGACAUGAAGAUCCCGAAGCCAAUCCUGAAGUACCUCAAAGACAAGGGUAUCAAGAAGCCCACGCCUAUCCAGAUGCUCGGUCUCCCCACUGCAUUUACAGGACGUGACAUGAUAGGCAUCGCGUUUACCGGAUCUGGCAAAACCCUCACCUUCAGCUUACCCGCCAUCAUGCUCGCCCUCGAAGCGGAAAUGCGACUACCGUUCGUCCGCGGGGAAGGACCCGUCGGGCUCAUCAUCUGUCCCUCACGCGAGCUGGCGCGGCAGACAUACGAGGGGUGCCUGGCGAUCUGUACGGCGUUGGCGGAGGGUGGCGAGUACCCGCAGUUGCGGACGCUGUUGGCGAUAGGGGGUAUCAACAUGGGGGAGCAGCAGGAGGUGAUGAGUAAGGGGGUACAUAUGGUGGUUGCGACCCCGGGAAGGUUGAUGGAUAUGUUGGAGAAGGGGAAGCUCAAUGCGGAUAGCUGCAAGUACCUGUGCAUGGACGAAGCGGAUCGGAUGAUCGAUAUGGGAUUCGAAGAUGACGUCCGGACCAUCAUGUCACAUUUCAAGCACCAACGCCAAACCCUCCUCUUCUCGGCGACAAUGCCGCGCAAGAUCCAAGAUUUUGCCGCUCAGUCACUCAUCAACCCCAUCCUGGUCAACGUCGGUCGAGCCGGAGCGGCCAAUAUGGAUGUCGUCCAGGAGGUGGAAUAUGUCAAGCAGGAGGCAAAGAUGGUGUACCUGCUGGAAUGUCUGCAGAAGACUGCGCCGCCUGUCAUCAUCUUUAGCGAUAACAAGAAUGAAGUGGACGAUAUCCAGGAGUAUCUGCUCCUGAAGGGUGUCGAGGCGGUAGCCAUCCACGGAUCGAAAACCCAGGAAGAACGCGAAUACGCCAUCCGAUCCUUCAAGACCGGCGCCAAAGAUAUUAUGGUCGCCAGCGGCGUCGCGUCGAAAGGCCUCGACUUCAACGAGAUCCAGCACGUCAUUGUCUACACGAUGCCCAAGGAGAUCGAGGACUAUGUCCACGAGAUUGGCCGGACGGGUCGGAGCGGCAAGACGGGUAUAGCAACGACAUUCAUCAAUAUGAAUACGCCAGAGCAGACUUUGUUGGAUUUAAAGUAUCUUUUACUCGAGGCGAAACAGAAGAUACCAGAGUUCUUGUUGUCGAUUGAAGAUCCGAGGUUGGCUAUUGGGGGUCAAAUUCAGGGGUGUCCGGUCUGUGGAGGUCUUGGACAUGGGAUAUCGAACUGCCCGAAGGUGGAAGAGCUGCAGAGAAGGCAGAACAACGAGCGGCAGAAAUACUCGGGUGGAGGGUAUUGA